CACAGAGAGAGGACAGAGGUAGAUCCAGUCCAGCCAGAGAGGCACAAUGCGCUCUCUCUUGUCGCUGUGGCUGUGCGCGACCCUGCCAGGUUUCCUUUGGGCCUCACACGUGAGCUUGGUUGUGGAGGGGGACAAUGAUGCCUCCAUGAUCUGCAAACCUGCCCCCCACUGGGAGAUAAAGGGAAACACACCCAUGAAAGAGCUGCUAGGAAAUGUAGCCGUGGUGGCGCUGCUGAAGGCUAGCUGACAGUUCUGUCUCACUCAGGCCUCCAAAAUCGGAGGCCUGCGUGAUAAGCUGAACCGCAGCAACCUGACUGAGGUGUCCUUUAUGAUAGUAAAUGAGCGUGAGGCUCGGUCUAGAGCCAUGUACUGGGAGCUUAAGAGAAGAGCGCCCCCUGGUGUUCCUGUGUAUCAGCAGGCUGCGUUUCAGAAUGAUGUGUGGGAGGCUCUGGAUGGAGACAAGGAUGACUUCCUGGUUUAUGAUCGGUGUGGACUGCUCACCUUCCAUAUCGUGCUGCCUUACAGUUACCUGCAUUACCCCUACAUAGAAGCUGCAAUCAGAGCCACUUACUAUAAAAACAUCUGCAACUGCUCUGCGGCUAAUUAUACUUCAUCAAGCAGCAACAGCAGCACCUUACAAGACAUGACAACACAUUUAAAUACCACAACACCCUCAAGUCAAUUGGACACUGAUGAUGAAGCAAUGGACACCCCUUCCCGGCCAAAUCACAACCACAACCAUCAUCAACACCAACCCCACCACCACAGCAGUCCCCGGAUCCAGUCCACGCCUGCCAGCAAUACACAACAGAAGACAACUCUUCAUCACGAUCACUUGGAUCAUCAUCAACAUCAACAUCAUCAUCAUCAUCAUGGUAACCACAGUCAUCAUGGUGGGAUUGGCAAUGGAUAAUAAGAUGCACAUUUAAUACACAACAGCAUACUUACAUGGCUGCUGUUUUCCUUUGAUGCUAAGCUUAUGGUGUGGAGCUGAACUCCUGAUGUAGUUCUGCUGUGUCAGGCUGUAAGUAUGGAAGUAACAAAUUUGACAAAUCAUGAUCAUUUUACAGCCUUAUGAUCGACCAGUUAAGUAAGAAGCAAUAGGGAAUUAAAAACCAGAGUGUUAUAACUCAAUUUCCCAAGCGUAAACAAUAUAUUUUAUAACCAAACAAUUGCUAAUGUUAGAAUUCAGCCUCCUCCACGUGUCUAAAUAUAUAAAUAUAGGAAGUGAUAGCUGGGUGGUAGCUGAAAGCAAACAUUAUAGUUUGAUUGGGACACGAAACAAAAGAAAAAGGGUGGAAUUCCUUGCUAGCAUUAAUGUUCAAUAGGAAUUAGUUGAAUACAUUAGCAAUAGCAAUUUUAUUUAUAAAGCACAAUUCAUU